AUGGCAGCCGGGUAUGCCUUGCCCGGCGCCUACGAGCGUCUCUACUUUUACUACGCGUAUCGCCUAGACCAUUUGACCAGCGAGAAACCCAUCAUUGCCGUCGGCUGCAAGGGAAAGGACGGAGGUCUAUGUGGUCUUAACGAAUUCAUGGAAUACAUCUCCAAAAAGAAAGUCACCGCCUCCGUCACAAACGAUCUGCAUCCUGAAAUCGAAGCGACUGCGCAGAAGAUCUUUGAGAAGGAGGAGCUGACUGCCCAGGUCGAGUUCAAAAAGGUUGUUCAGAGCGCCAAGAACGAAUACGCCGAUGUCUUCAAAAAGGUCGGCGACAGGUUCGUCGGAAAACUUGACCCCGACACCGAGCCACUUGACAGACCGCCAAAGGAUAAGAAAGGAAACCUCGAGCCUGAGACGGCCGAGCAGACAGCGGCCCGGAAAGCACAAGCCCUGGAGGACGUGAAGCUGUGCCGGCAGAGAGGCUACGAUUCCAUGCACAAGGUCUUCAAGGCACGCGUGGAAGCUGCCGUCGACGCCAUGGUGAAGCUACACCCGGAUUGGAAGAUUGAGGCGCCCCUGAGCAAGGACGGUGUUCCGAUCUUCAACCUGAAGAAGACGGUCAAGGCCAAUCCCACCGUUUCCGAGGGCGACAUCGCAGCGGCCUGGCUGGAGAACAUCAAGGGCGGCCACAAGGAAAACAUCAAGACGCUCAAGGGCAACCUCGACGGCGCCGAGGUCCUUGGAUUCUGCCUGCCUGGCGGCGCUUUGCGGAUGGCCAAGAGGCAGAUCACGGCCUGCAAGAAGUUCCCGAUCGAGGACGAGAUCCUGUUCCCCAAGGAGGCCAAGCUCGGAAAGGCGGCGCAGAUGGCUGAGGAGAUCUCGGAGGCGGAGUUCGAGAAGCUCGCGACUCAAAAGGGCCUGAAGAAACUCGCACAGGAAAAGUGGAAGGGCACGACCCUGGCAGACGUACGCACGAAGCUGCACUACGAGAAGCUCACCUCGGAAUCGCCCAAGGUUAGCGUCGGCAAGGGCGGCGGCUUCAAGGCGCCCUCGGUCGCCUCCGGCAUCGGCGAGGUCGUCGGCAUCGGUCUCUGGGUGUACGGCAUCGUCGAGGCCUGGCGAGACAACGUGUCCGGGCUGGAGCUCGGCGCCGCCGCGUCUUCCAUCAUCCCCAUCGUCGGCUGCACGGUUCAGGCCAUCGCGGACCAUGCCAAGGGCGCCUUCGAGACCAUCGACACGGCGCUGUGCCUGCUCGGCGACGGCCUCAUGCUCACGGGCAACGUGCCCGCGGGCAUCGCGCUGCACGUCAUCCGCGCCAUCCUCAGCUUUUUCCGGCCUCCGCCCUACCCCAAGCUGGAGCAUAUGCAGGCCGCGCGCGACGGCGUCUGGAACCGCUUCCUCAAGGACGACAUCUACUCGUACAUCUACUCGCACCCGGGCUACGCCAACAUCACCGGCCGCCGCGUGAACUCGACCGAGGUCGACUUCCGCGACAAGCUCGAGGGCGCCCUCGCCAUGGAGGGCCUGGCCGUCCUCUCGCACGGCGCGCAGACCAUCGGCGCCGCCGUGGCCAGCGCCCAGGACAGCCUUGAGGCCAGCACCACGCCCGAGCAGAAGGCCGACGUCGAGAAGGCCAUCGCCGACGUCAAGACGCAGCUGCUCGAGGCCACGGACCGCGAGAUGGUUCGCCGCCAGCGCCAGAUGCUCAUCGCCCUGCCCAAGACGCUCAAGGAGACGCACGACAUCUCGCUGCAGCCCAUCGCCGACGAGUUCAACCGCCAGUUCAACGACAACAUCACCUCGUCCGAGAUGGUCGAGAAGUACCACAAAUGGCUUUUCAUGGGCUUCGGCGCCGCCACCGAGGACAACCAGGAAGAGGUCGAGCGCGACCUGGGCAAGAUCGCCGACGCCCUCUACGCCAACCCGCCCCAGCUGCCCUCCUACUUCGACCUGACCUACAUCCUCGGCCAGAGCCGCGGCCUCGCCAACAUCCACAACGACACCCUGUCUAUCCCGAGCUACCUCCGCGACAAGUUCCCGACCAUGUCCGAGGCCUCGCUGCAGGUGCACGUGCUGCACCACACGCUGCAGAUCGCCAACCUCAUCAUGCGCACCAACACCGAGGACAAGCUGUCCCAGUACUUCCCCGACUCGGACGCCCAGGGCGUGCGGGACCUUCAGACGCUCAUCGCGCUCAAGUUUGGGCGCAUCUCCGAUGAGAGCAAGCUCUGGGUCGCCCGGCUCGACUACCCGGAGGGCAACUGGGCCUGGAUGCUGACCGAGGAGGACUUCCGCGCCGCGCGCGCCAUCGUCAACCCGUACGUCCCCCAGUGCAGGCCCCAAAUCGUCGCACCUCAGCCGAAGCCCCUGUGCACGCCCCUCCUCACCGGACCGGCGUCCAUCUUCCUGACCAUCGGCAUGAGCAAGGCGCUGGUGGCGAGCCUGUCGGAGCAGGAGCGCGCGCUGACGACACGGGGCGUGUCGGAGGUCAGCCAGAAAAUCAAGGACUUGGCGAGGAAGCUCGAGGCGGAUGUGACGACGCCGAAGCGCUUCUGGCAUGCGAUGCUGGCGGCGCAAAAGGCCAAGGACGACGAGGACGCGGCGUUCCUGGCCCUGCCGGCCGGGCCGCCCAAGGAGGGGGAGAAGCCGGUCAGGAGGGCGCUGCCCCGUUCGGCGGCCGUCUACCGUGCCAACUUUGGCGCCUCGCUCUAA